GAUAACCCGUGUUUAAAGUAAAAAAUUAUAACUCAUAGGAGUAGUGUACGUAAAUUAUAAUUCAUUGAGAAUUGUAAACUUAAAUUAAACAACUAAAAGCAAUCUCUUCGUGGAAUAAAGAUGAAAGCUUCAAGAUAAAAACCAAAUAAAUCCUUUAUCAAGACUCAAUUUGCUCGGAAGUCCAUUUAACCCAACAUCAAUGGUAAUUUCAUGUACCUGAACAUAAUAAAUGCUAUUUUAUUUUUAAUUUUAUAAAAAAUAAUUGGGUGUAAAAAAUCAGGGUCGUCAUCUUCCUUAAUUUUAGUUUCCAAUUAUUCCUCUUGAACUUUCCAAGUGAUAAUUAUUCAUACCAGGUUUUGAUUUUAGUUUUGAUUUUAUUUCUAUAAAAUUGUGCUCCGAUUUUAAUUUUAUCAUUUUAAUGUGAUUGUUAAAAUACAUCUAUUCUAAACAUUAGGUUGGCCUUUUAUCAUUUUGAUAUAUAUAUUUUUUUCUUCUCCUCAUCAUCUAUUCUAUCCAUGGUAGUUAUUUAUUUAAAUAAAAUAUUUAAUUUUAUUAUCUGAUUUGGUAGCAACUGAUUUAUUUUUUAGGUUGAAGUAUAACAGUUAUGGACAAUAUUACUAUUUUUGGUCAAGUGGAUGGAGAUUUACACCGAACCGUUCGAUUUCUUCAAGAAAGAAAUGUUAAUGUUGUUAUUCGCGAUGAACGUGACCUUAAUACUAUUCGCAUUCGUGAGGCAAAGGCAAAGGAAAAAGAAAAGGCUACCAUUUCUGGCAAAGGGAAGAAAAAUGUCCAUCCCGUGGAUUGGAUCGAAAAAUUUAUGGAGCUUAAAAGGAGAAAUAUGACUAGCUUGCUUCGAUGGGGAUGUAAUAAGAUUAUUGUGCAUGUUCCUCAUUGGGGAUAUAUACAAGUUGAUACAAAAACUUUUUGGAAAGUAAUGAGAAGAAAGUUUGGGCGAACACAUAUUUGAAGACAUGUUAUUGAAAGAUUUUUUGUAAAUCAUACAUAUUUUGGAAAUGUUUAACCCACUUUUUGUAAGG